UCUUUUUCUUGUUUUCCAGGAGCCAUUCAGGAUGACGAUGACAUAGACAUUAACUGUGCGGUUCGGGGCUGCGGAAUGACGAAGGAGGAAAACCCAUCGCUGUUAUUCUUUUCCGUCCCACGAAAUCCAAACGAGCGACGCAAGUGGCUGCUCCAAAUUGGGAUGCUGGAGAAUGCCAUUGAGGCAAACAUGAACAACGUGUUGGCCGUUUGUGAAUUGCAUUUCGAUCUAGCAAAAGAUCUACUCAAUUAUGACGAUGUAAUUUCUAUGGGAAGAACUGCUAUGCUAAAGGAAAAUGUAAUGCCGAGCCGGAAUGUCCCGGUAAUAUCAGGUCACAAUCCGGCACACUACACUCACGAGUUUCCCCGACAACGACUCGUUCAUGAUGCAAGAAGAGCAGCCAGCACCGGUAGAUGA